GAUGCGGAAGUGCCGGGGCUGGCGGCUGGCAGGGUCGGGGCUGUGGGGGGCCUGGCGGAGGAGGGGUAUGAAGCUGCUGCGGGGGCCGCUGGGGGCUGCCCUGGGCCUUGUGUUGCUGCUGAGCCCGGUGCAGACGGUGGAGCCCAUCAGCCUCGGGCUGGCGCUGGCUGGCGCCGCCGCCUCAGCGCUCACCGGCCUCAUCUCCUAUCCCCGCCUCUACUGCUACUUCAGGGAGUGCUGCCUCCAGCGGGAGGGGGCCCGGGCGGGAGCAGCACUCCAGGAGGAUUUGGACAAGAAACUGUUUGGCCAGCACCUCGUGAAGAAGGUGAUUGUGAAAGCUGUGAUUGGCUUCUUGAACAAUACAAACCCCAAAAAGCCUCUCACCCUCUCCUUGCAUGGAUGGACUGGUACUGGCAAAAACUUUGUCAGUAAAAUAAUUGCCGAGAGUAUCUAUGAAGGAGGCCUGAACAGCAAUUAUGUCCAUCAGUUUGUGUCCACUUUGCAUUUUCCCCAUGCACAUAGUGUUGGCCACUACAAGGACCAGUUGCAGUCAUGGAUUCGGGGAAACGUGAGCGCAUGUGGCAGGUCAAUCUUUAUAUUUGAUGAAAUGGAUAAAAUGCAUGCAGGGCUCAUUGAUUCCAUCAAACCGUUCUUGGACUAUUACGAGCAACUUGAUGGAGUGUCCUAUCGGCGAGCCAUCUUCAUCUUUCUCAGCAAUGCGGGGGCUGAAAAGAUAACAGAGGUGGCAUUAAAUUUCUGGAAAAGUGGAAAGAAAAGGGAAACCAUGGAACUCAAAGACCUGGAAGCUGGAGUGUCUCUGUCUGUCUUCAACAAUAAGAAUAGCGGCUUUUGGCACAGUAGCCUGAUCGACAGAAACCUCAUUGAUUAUUUUGUCCCCUUUCUGCCUCUGGAGUACAAACACGUGAAAAUGUGUGUCAGGGUUGAACUUGAAUCACGUGGCUACAUGGUGGAUGAAGAAAUCAUAACCAAAGUAGCUGAUGAGAUGACCUACUUCCCCAAGGAGGAGAAAAUCUACUCUGAUAAAGGAUGCAAAACUGUGUUCACCAAGCUGGAUUUUUACUAUGACUUGUAAUGUUUACGAUGCUGUGAUCUGCAAAGGAAAAAAUGAACCUAAUCACAAAGUGGAGAAACCAAAACAUUUCAUUUGUCAAGCACUUUUUAAAAAAAAAAAAAAAAAAAAAGGAACAUUGUCAUUUAAUUGCCUGAUGUAAAUAAGUGGCAAGACACUUGUCUUUUUAUUCUGGGAGAGCCCUGUAAUAGCCAUAUCUUCAAAAGACAUCAAUCCUGUGCCAUGAAGUUAGGGAAGAACUGUGCAUGGAGCAGUCACCCCUUCCAGAGCAUUGUCUAACAGUACCUAUGAUUUCUCUCAAAUCAUGGAUUGGUUGAUUGUUACAAUUGUUCAGUGGAACAUGGAUAUGUACGUUAGACCUGCAGUUUUGAUCUGAUUUUAAUUAGGUUUUAAUUUGUAGAAAUGGUUUCCAGAUGAUACAGAAUAUUUUAAUCAAGGCCCUUAUAGCUGCAAGACCAUUCCUAGGAGUUGUGGGUGGGAUAUUUCCCAGACUGUCUUUGAGAGGUGGAUAUGUAGGUUUUUGUUUUUCUUAAAAACAACCAGCCUUGGUGCUUCCAGCUCUAUUGAAACCAAAGUGAGGGAGUGAGCCCAUAUGUCGUUUUACCUAGCAAUAUGCAGUGCCAUUCUUAUAAAAACAAGGGUGUAAACUGUCCCUUCUGGUGCCAGACUGCAUUAGUGAUGUGGAAUCCAUCUCUGAUAAGGGAAGGUCAGUGUGUGAAACAAGGCUGAGUAAAAGGAGGAACUGCAGCAAAAUUGUUAACUAUAUCCCUGUAAUGGAGUUAGUUCCUUCUUUGGCUGUUUGCUGUGAAGUGUAGCGGUAACACUGUCUCUUUCCUUUUCCUUCUUUGUGGUAAUGAAGAAAAGGGCUGUUUACUAAAAUCCAGUGUUUGGACUUUGUUUCAUAGAAUCAGAGUAAUUGUAAGGCAGAAUCUGUUAAAUCCUGUUCAGUCCAUGUGGCUGCUGUAAGAUUUUCUUUAGUUUCAAGCUUUUCUAAAUGCUGAAAGUAGCGGUCUGGGUAACUUUUCACCCCUUUCAAGCUCUGUGUGAUUUAGUUUUGAUCCUAGCCUUACAAGGCAGUGCCAUGUGGAAAGGGAUGAAGACAGCUUCAAAACUACCUGGGAAAAUAUUUAAUUACUGUAAUGCCAUCAACUAAAGUUACAGCAGCCCAUCUGCAAGUUUUAAUUAUAAUUGCCAACACUAACUUGUUUUCAUUUCAGUUUCUAGAUCUUACAAUUUCAAAAUAAGAUUUUUAUAAUUCCCUCAAUAAAAGUUCUCACCAGUAACAUUUGUAUAUGGUACCUCUCUGCUAUUUGCAUAUAUUGAAGGGACUGCCUCAUGGUUACCUUUGUAUGUAAAUUUACCAUCUUACCAUGCUUAUUCUGCCUUCUGGUUAGAGGCAUUCUGCUGUGCUUGAAUACAAACUUUCAUGUUCAUUUUUGCGGCUAGGCUACAAAAGGGCUUAGAUAGUGGAGAGAGACGGGGUUCUUUAGCCAUUGCUGAAAAAGAUUAGCUAAGUCGUUAUGGUUUGCAAUGUGAAGCAAGCGAGUAAUUAGUGCAGACUGCUUGGGAGUGUGCAUGAACUUUCUAAAGCUAUGCUAGUGCAAACCAGGCUCCUGUCUCUUUGCAAGAGGAACAGUCUUCCACAUGCUGUAGUCUCAACAGUAUUCUGAAGGUGCUUAAAACACUGACUGAAUUUGUCCAGCUGAUAAAGAUUAAAUCCCCACUUCCUCUUAAAAUGCCCACUUCUUAUUGAUGUCACAAGCAUGGGUGACUAGUUACAGUAAGUGAUGAUGGCCGUGGCUAUGUCUACAUUGUGCCACAGUGCAGACCAGGGGUGUGUGAAUUGCAGCAGGCAGCCGGGUGCUGCACUAUAACUGCUGUGGACGCCGUACCUAGUUUGCAUUAAUGUAGUCCUCUUCAAACAGGACUAUGUUUCU